AUGUCUAUUUUAGGCUAUGUACCUGCUUUAGUUGUAUAACAUCUUUUGAAUCUAAAAAUGAAUAAAUUAAUAAGAAAAUUACCAGAAAAAUAAAGAAUAAAAAGUGUUGUGAUGUUUGCAGAUAUAUCUGGAUUUACAAGAUUAACAGAAUUAUUAAGUUAAUUGGGAACAGAAGGAGCAGAACGAAUAGCAUUUGCAAUUAAUCGCUAUAUGGAAUUAUUAGUUUAAGGUAUAGGAAGAAGUGGUGGUGAUAUUUUCAAAUUUGCUGGAGGUAUUAAAGUUUUAAAUAUUCUUAAGAUGCUAUGAUUGUUAUCUGGCCUCCUCCUCCUAAUGAUCAAAACUUUCAGUAAAAUCUAGAAACUUUGCUUAAAUAAGCUAUUUAGUCUGCAUUAUUAAUUCAAGAAAAAUUAACUAAAGCUUAAAUAGAAUAGGGUAUUUAAUUAAGUGUAAAGAUUGGUUUUGGAGUUGGAGAAAUGAAUAUUAUUCAUGUUGGUGGUGUUUUUAAUAGAAUGGAAUAUUUGGCAACUGGAGAUCCUUUAAUUUAAGCUUUUCAUUCUGAGCAUUGUUUAACUGAAGGUGGAAAGAUUAUCAUUUCUUAAUAGAUUUAUGAUAUGAUUAAUAAUUUCUUUGAAUGUUAAUAAGUAGCUGAUCAUGAAGGACACUAUGAAGUCAUUAAAUUAUAAUAAGCCAAAGUGAAAAUGAAGGCUGAUGCACUUUUAAUCAAAAAUAACAUUACAUUAUCAUAAUUUUAAAUGAUUAGAAAUGAGAUUCAAUCAUAUAUACCUGCUGCACUUUUACCAUAUAUUGAUAUAAAUGAAGAAGCUUGGAGUGCUGAAUUAAGAAGAUUAUCAAUUAUGUUUGUUAACUUAAAAAUGGAUUUGAAUUCUGCUAAAAAUGCUUAAGGAUUAGAAUAAAUUUAAAGAGUCAUUAAAACUGUAUAAAAAUGUAUAUAUAUGCAUGAAGGAUCAUUAAAUAAACUUUUAAUGGAUGAUAAGGGUUCAACUUUAAUAGUUGUUUUUGGUCUUCCUCCUUUAAGUCAUUAAAAUGAUCCUGUUAGAGCUAUUUUAACAGCUUAAUUAAUGAAUAAAGAACUACCAAAAAUUAAUUGUGGAUGUUCUAUUGGAAUAGUUACAGGCACUGUUUUUGCUGGUGUAGUUGGUACAAGUGGUUCAAGAAGAGAAUAUUCUGUUCUUGGAGAUUCUGUUAAUCUUGCAGCUAGAUUGAUGUAAGCAGCAUGUUCAGAAACACAUCAUAAAAUUCUAUUAUGUUUAGAAACUGCUAAAAGUGCAGGUCAUUGUAUAAGUACAGCUUUUUUAACAUAAACUUAAGUUAAAGGUAAAAAUGCACCUGUUCAUAUUUAUGUACCUCUAGAUAAACCACUUGAACCUACUCCAGGUAAUUUAUUACCUAAUUUUAAAACUCAUAAUUAUGCUUAUGGAUUUGCAAAGAAAUCAGAUUUUAUAGCUAUUUAAUUAUUUGGAAGAGAAGAAUAACAUAAAAAGCUUUUAAAUUAAAUUGAUAAAGUAAUUAGAGGAGUUGAUAAGAAAAGUUUAAUUAUUUUAAAAGGAACAUAUGGAUGUGGAAAGAGUAGUUUAGCUAAAAAAGUUUUACAUAGAAUAUAGGAGAAAAUAAAUUCAAAUUAAUAUAGUCCAUGGAAAUAUGGUGAAUAUCCUCAUAUACUUGUUUAAUAAUUGGAUCCUAUAACAAGAACAUUUAAAUUAAAUGGAUUAAGAAGUAUUUUAAAAUAAAUCUUUCUUUUAUAUGCAAAAAGAGUUGAGAAACCACCUAAUAUGGAUUUAUUCAAUAUGAUGAUUGAUGUCAAUAUUCAUCCACAAAAUUUAGUUUAAAUGUUAUAAGAAAUUGUAGGAUUGAAUGAUAAUAGACAUUUGGAGAAGUUUCCUCAAAGAUAAUAAGAAGAAGAGAAAGAAAUUGAUGUAAAAAGAAUUAUUUUUCAAUUUUUAAGUAAUUUUUUUGAAUAAAUUCCUAAUAAAUUAUCUGAAUUAUAUGAAGGAAGAGCUCCUGAUUAAAUAGGAUGGGAUGUUAUGAAAUCAUCUGUUUAAAGAUAAAUUAAUUAUUCUAUUAAAUAUACUAAUAUAAUAGCACCAGUUGUUUUAUGUUUAGAUGAUAUUUAAAAUUAUGAUUAGAUAUCUUUUAAAAUCUUAAAAUAAAUGAUAAAAACAUAUGAUAGAUUAACUAUUUUAGCAUUGUAUAGAGAUUCAUUUUAAGAGAUGAUUAUAUAACCAAAAGUUGCAGAAAAAAGAAAAUCUUAAGAAGAUAUUGCUAUUGAAGGUAUAACAGCUUUAGAGGAUAGAAUGGAUGGAAAUCCAUUUAUAUUAAUGUAAUUAAGAGGAGUUGAAAGAAAAGGAGGAACUGAUGAUGAAUUUGCUAAAAUGAUAAGAUUUUCAUUUAAUAUCUAAAAGUUUAUGCCUGAAUAAUAAAUUUAAUAGUGUAUUAGUGAAAGUGGAAUAAGAAAAAGAAUAACUUCUUCAAUUCAUGAUGUAAUAUUAUAAGAGAAUUAAUCUAAAGAAAUAAAUAAUUAAUUUCUAUUUUGUGAAAAUAAAUAGAUAUUAAUUAAAACUGAUGUAGAAUUACUUUUUAUGUAAUGGAUUUAUAUGAAAACAAGUGGAAAUCCAUUAAUGGUUUUGAAUUUUGUUUAAAAUUUAAUUGAUUUAGAUUUAAUUAGACUAAGUCCAAAAUAUGCUACUAUAACAAAUGAAUUAGUUAAUUUAAUUAAUUAUGAAGAAAGUAUUAUUGUAGAUGCUCCUUAUUGUAGAAUUGAAGUAAAUGGUCCAAUUAUAGAUAAAUUAUCAUGUUUAGAAUAAUUAUUAUUGAAAGCAGCUAGUGUUAUUGGAGAUAUUUUUGAUAUUCAAUUGUUAAAUAGAAUUAAUCCAUUUAAAAAUGCUGUCAAUAAUAAAUUAUAAAAAUAUUUAGAUGAAUUAGAAGCUAAAGAAGUUAUUGAAGUUAUGGAAGUUAGAGAACAAAAUAUUUUUUAUCGUUUUACUUGUCCUUUUAUGAGAGAUUGUUUAUAUUAGAGGAUUACAUUUAAAUAAAGAAGACAAUUACAUAAGGCUGUUGCUGAAGCUAUAUAAUAAUUACCUUUACCUUUUGAAACUGAAGAAUUAAUGGAAUGUAAAAAAUUAUAAUUCUAAUGGUUGAUGGCAGAAUCAAAUGUUAAUUAAUAGAUCAAUUUUGAAAAUAAUAAUGAUAAUAAAUCUAAUUCAAAACCUAAUUUUUUGAUAAACUACAUUUAUCCUAAAUGUACAUAAGAUACUCAAAAGUUUAAAAAUAUGUCUAGUAAAGCACUUAAAUCAAUAAUCUUAAAAUAAAUAGGUAAUAAAUUUAAUAGAUCAUAAAAUCAAACAAAUAUUAUUUUAAGAGAAGGAAUUUUAAUUAAAAAAUCUUAAAAUAGAGUUUCAUAGGUACCUAGAUAUGUAAUUCUAGAUGGAAAAGAACUUAGAUUAUAUUCAAGUAGAUAGGAUUCACUCAAUAGUGAAUUACCUUUAUGUUCAAUUCCAUUAAAGAGUAUAUAUUCUGUAUUGGCUUUGGAAAAUGAAAAGAAUUUUACUUUAUAAAUAUGUUCAACAUAUUGGUAUAAGAAGUUGAAAGAAAUGGGAGAUAGAAAGUUUUUAUUUGAUGCAAAAGAUAAUGAAGAUUUAUAAUUAUGGACUAUUUAUUUGGAAUUUGCUAAAGCUCUUGCUAUUUAUGAAGAUUUUACAAAUAAUUAUGGUAAAAUUUGUUUUCCUUUAUCUAAUUAAUAUGAAUAUUAUGAUUCAUAAUUUAAAUAUGACAUAAAAAUUGAAGUAUUUAUAAUAAUAGUAUAAUAAGAAUAAUAAAUCCAUAAGAGGUAUAUAAAUUGAAAAAACACAAAAAAACAAUAAGGAAUCAAUAAUUUAUAGAAAUAGUAGACGCUCUAAUAGACAUUCAAAAUUUACAGUUUCAAGUAAACAAUUUAAGUUUAUGGAAAAGAAUUAGACUGAUGAAUUAUAAAUUUAGAAUUCUUAAGUAGUUGAUAUGCAAUUAUUAAAAGAGAGAGUAAAUCUAUUUUUAUAAAAAGGGUAUAUUAAAAUAUUUUAUUUAGAAUUUUGUUAUUAUUUUCUCAUAUGUUUGAGUAAUCAAUACAAAAGGCAGAUGAUUUUAAAAUAUUAGGAAAUACUAGUAUUGCAAUGAGAAAAUUAAAUAAUAUAUUUAAAAUAGAUAAAACAUUGAUAAAUGAAUAAAAUAAAAAAUCUAGUGCAUUUUUACAAUAAUAAUAAAUAAUUAUUGAGGAUAAAUAAGAAAUAAAAUAGUAAGAUAAUUUAGAAACAAAAUAAUAAGAUAAUUGGGAAUUAGUAAUUUAGAAAGUUGAAAUGGAUAAUGAUUUGACAAAUAAUCAAAUAUAAAAUUGUAUAUUAGAGGAGAAAAUAGAAAAAACAGAUAUGAUUUUUGAUCUUGAUAGAAAGAACUCUUAAGAAUAAUUGUAGGAUUAUGAUAAUAAUAAUUAGACACCUAAAAUAUAUUAAUAAAUUAAAAUAAAUAUAGAAGAAGAAGAUAAUGAUAAUUUGUAAUUGGAUGGUAUUUAUAUUAUAAUUAUUAAUAUAGAGAGUGCUUUAAGAAAAUAAUAACAUUUAAGAAUUUAAAGAUUAUAAAAUUUUAAAUGUUCUUUUGGUAAUGAUUCAUUUUAAAAAAUGCACUCAGAAAGUAUAUUACGAUCUUCACCUUUGAUGAAAUAGGAGGAUACUUUAACUGAAGUAUUGGCCACACAAUCUUAAACUGAAAAUUCAAAAAGAGAAUCUACUGAUAUAUAUUAAUCAUCAUAACAACCUCCUUAAAUGUUAACUAAAAUAUCAGAAAAAGAAUCAAUAACAGAUGCUUCUUGUUAAGUAAGUAGACAUUUAUCUACUUGUUAAGUGGAUAAAAUAAAUCCAGUAAGUAAUAAUUAAAGAUCUAGAUAAACAAGUAAUAUCAAUAAUUAAUAAAAUAAAUCCCCUGUUCAUACUUAAAAUUCAUAUACACCAACAAAUAAAUCAUAAAAAAAUGCGUAAUUUAAUCUAUUCGAUGACUGCAAAACUAAAGUAAAAAGAGAUUCAUAAAUAUCCUCUUAAAUGAAUUCUGCUCGAAAUAAGCCAGCUCAUUUAUAAACUAAUUAUAUCAAUUCUCAGAAAAUACUAUCCAAAGAAAUCAAAUAAAACCCAUUUAUUUAUGGAACAGCUAUUAAUAUUUGUAAACCAAUAACAGGUGAUAAUUUUAUUCUAAAACCUGGCUACAAAGUGAUAGUCUAAAAGAUUGAUAAGAAGACUUAAUUGAUAGAAUGUAUCUAUGAGAAUUUAGUUGGAAUUUUUAGAUUGAGAGAUAUUGCCGUCAUUGAAGGUAUUUAGAAUUAAUAUAUACAAUAAAGAUCCUGCUAUUGAACAAAAAAUAGAAAUUACUUAAAAAUAAACAUAAUAUUCAAGUAAAAGUCCAUUAAAAAAAUAACCACUUACUACCAGACCUAAAAUGCUCUUAACUCCAACUAAAUAAAAUUGA